ACCACUGUUUAUGUUUACAUACGAUUUCAAAACAAGCGGUCUGCGAAUGUUGUGCUCGGACUGCUGAUUCUAGUCAUUUGCUAUGUGUUAUAUUUACGUAUACUGCAGUAAAUUUUACUCUCCCACGUAUGUGUACAAAGUAUGAUAUUUAUUUCUGGAAGACGAAAUCUGUUAAGCAUAUUCACCGUAAUUUUGUCGUCAUAGUUUGACUUCAGAAGUCGGAUCGAGGCAAAUUCGAAAUGGCUCUAGCAACAGUGCUGCUAGCCAGAUUAAACGAGGAGACCAUACCUCUGUGUAAAAGACUGUGCCUAGCAAAAAAUGUCCUUCAAGACAACAGUUUUCGUAUCCAGCAUAAAGAGGAAAUUAUCAUAAAGUGGUUUUGUGACCUUGAUGUACCAAAAACACAAUCAGAGGAUGUAUGGAAGGCACUGCAGGAGUGCCUUGCAAAUAUCAGCUCAUUGAAUAUUAUUGGUUCUGACAUAAGGACUAAUGUGAAAAGUUUGUUGGUGCAGGAUAUUCAAGACCACAUGAAGGAGGUACAUCCUAGCAGUGUGCAGUUAAUAGGUCUUCAUUGCACUCUUAACAUUUUACAGACAACGAUUUUCCAGCAACAUCUUGCACGAAAUUUGGAAGAGCUGUACCUACUUUGUGCUUCAUUUUUUGAAGCUUUGUCUGAACUUGAAGACACUGACAUAUCUCGAAAACUGACAUUAUAUUUUGACUGUCUGAAUCAUAUCGUAUCAUUUAGUAAACAAAGUUCUGUAAAAGGUAAACUUAGUACUGGCUUUGUUAGUUGUGUUUCAGCUUCACUUGUGAAAGCAGUGUUGAAACUGCAACAGCAGAGUACCAUUGAAGACAGCACUUGUAUUGAAAAAGAGACACUUAAGUUUGUGCAGCAAAUAUUAUUGCCAAAGAACUGUGUUAAAGAUAUUGUUUCUUCUCUCUCCUCAGUGUUUGAAAGUGAAAGCUGCUCUAAUAAUGUCAUUACUGAAACACUGCUUUAUACUUUGCUUUUAGCAAGAGAGAAAUUUAGAGCAGAUGUUGUGUCUAAGCUAUAUGCUAUAUUUUUUGGUGCUGUUGUUACCGACACUAAAGAGGACAGCAGUGGUUUAUUUCAGGCAUUUGUAGUAUUUAGCUUUCUUGUUGGCUUUAAGCCAACAACUAUGGCUCCACUGGGGGACUCCAGAGUACAGUUAUUAAGGUACAGAGAUUUUAAAAUGCUUUUUAAUGAGUUGAAUGUUCACAAACCACAUAAUGUUGAUGAAACAUCAUUGGCUGUCUUGAAGGGCUUGCUUGAUGUUAUAAUUACAAAAGAAGCAAACUUGGAUGCUGUCAUUAAAGAAGUUACAAUGUUGAAAUGGCUACAAGCUCUGAUGUUGUCAGUUGUUCAAGACAACGCUGCAUCAGAAAGAAUGUUUGAAAUAUUGUGCUGUUUUGUUCAGCUUAGCCCAUUAGUAGUGGAACCAAUAAUAAUGGACAUCUUAAAAGAAAUAAUGUUUUCUACUAAACCGGUACUGCCAGUAAUGCUUAGAUAUACAACUUUUAUGUGUACCAUCCUUGAGAUGUUUAUGAAACUUCAUAGACUGCAGAAAUUUAUUUCAAAAUUGUUAACUACUUUAAAGGCUAUGUUUGAAGGGCCAGUAACGUCUGGAUUAUUAAUGGCUGAGGUCUCAGAUGUUUUCCCAGAGAAGUUCUGCUCGCAGUUUUCUAAAAAUGUCUUGCUGCUGCCCAGUUCUCAGAUAAUAUCAAUGAUGAGAACCUUUAUUUACCAUUUAAAAGAAGACUGUCUUCCAAAGCUGCCAUCUUGUAGAAAUGACAAUUCAUGUGAAUCAGCAGAAAUUCAUACUGCUUUGCUAUCCUGCUUAUUGUGCCACUUCUUGGUUGGUAUUCGUCUAGCUGAGCAUACAGUAAUAAAUUCUGUUCGUAAACGCUUUUGCGAAGCUCUGGAGGAGAUGGCUGAUGUGUUGGGACAGUUUGGCUCAGCUGUUGUUCAAAUCCAACAUAGACCCAGGUUAGUGGUGUCAUAUUUGAAAACAUGCCAUUGUUGGGGACAGCUGCAUAUUUUAUUGUUAUAUUAUUGUGAGGAUACAUACACUCCAGAGAUUUCUGUUCCCCAUGUUGAAGAUUUGACUGCAACUAAUUUGACACCAUUGCAUCGCUAUUUGUCACCGGACAUCUGGGCACUCCUUACACAAAGAGUAAUCAACUUUGGAGAACAACCUUGCAAGGACAUAUUGAGACAGCUGGUAAUCCAGAAACUGCAUUCUCUGUUGCUCCAACGUCAUCCUGUGAAAGGCUUGGAAGAAUCAUGUCGUAAUGUUAAGUCUUACUUACUUUCUUCUGCUCUGGAGUGUCCACAUUUAUUGUUAGAAAGAGAGUUCCGUGAAGGGCUGCUAAAUAGUGGCAGUCCAGAAGACCUCAUGACAUUGGCGGAGAGAACAGUAGAAGUGUUCAAAGAGGAUUCAUCUCUUGCCUCCAAAUUGUUAGAGCCAGAAAUACAGGAAAGCAGACCAUUUAUAUUGACCUUGCUCUGGGCUGUAUUAAUAAAAACUCGCAAGUGUUUUGUGAAAGUUAAGAGAAAAGCUGAGCCUGACAGUGAUGCUGCAAUUCUCUCUUUGAAACUGGCAAGAGAUGUACUCUCCAAGAUUGAUCCUCUUUGCUGUGUUCCAGAAACUGAUUCAAGUAGUUUUGCAGAGACAGUGGCAAAAAUGGCAGCAUUAAUAAAUGCUUACUGUGAAACUGAACAAGAAACAGUGCCUACAUUGACAAAUGGUUUGAUUUACAAUGUAGAUUUGUGCCAUCUGUACCUGAAAGUGUUACAAAAGUUUCCCUUGCUUAAUAUGUGUAAAGAAGUCCAGAGCAUUGUUUUACUGAGUAUCAUUGCCAUAUUGCUUGCCACAGAGAAGAUUUAUCGCCCUACUGCUGCAGAAGACAAACUUCUGAAGGAGACUUGUUGUGAGAUACUUAUUGGUUUGUUGGAAAAUGUGAGCAACAUAGGCUGUCAUUUGCGACUGAGUUAUAUUAUACUCCGUGUAAAUGCACUGAGUUUAGCGCCUCAUUGUACUCACCUUCGGCAACAGCUACUAUCAAGUUUAGCGUUGCAAAUGAUGAGUGGCUCUAUAGAGGAGCGGCAGCUCACUGAGAAUUUGGAUGUCCUGUUGGAGAACAGUGAAUGUGGCUCUGCAUGGGAAAUUGGCACAGCAGUGUUGCAAGCACUUUAUAAGGGAAAACAGCGCCAUCUUAAACCUACCAGCCGCUCAAUUUGUAAAGCAUACCGCAAUAAACUGUGCCGCAGAUUGCUUGAUUUCUUGAAGAAGGGAAAUACAAAAAAGAAUCCCGAAUUGAUACACUUACUGAUGCGGAGUUUUAAUUUAACUUUGACUAACAGCCUCAGUAAAAACAAAGAGAAGCAACUCAGUCAUUCUGUAAAAUACUUGGAUUUGUUUGUUCAAAAUGCUUUGUCCAGUGCUAAGAACUCUGGCCCUCAGACAGAAGAUGCCAUUGCGUUGCUCUCCACAGUCCUUCGCCAUCGCAGUAGGUUGGGGCGUUUUCUCCCUGCAGAUUUUGUAACUACAGCUUGGGCAAAAGUUACAACAGAUACUGCUGUAUCUGUAGACAAUGCACAGCUUCUACUGGAGAGUGCCACAUUGGAGGAGUAUACACACAUUAUUCAGAGUCUUGCAUCACAGACUAAAACAGCUGUUGCGUUAUGUUCAUCAGAUGACAUAGAGAGAUGCCUCGUCCUUUGGUCGUCGGUGAUAAAAAGUAAUUUGAGCAGUGAAAAGAACAAAAUAAGAUGUAUAACUCUGACCAAUGUACUACAGCUUCUAUUUUCAUUUGUUUCUCUAAAAGUACCUGAUACCUGCAAAAGAGACCUCCUGAAAUUUUUUGAAGUUGCUAUUAAUUAUAACAAAGAGGUGCAGCUUGUACCAGUAGUUCUGGAUCUCUGCCUGACAAUAGUUUUACGAGCUGAAUUAUCAUUGAUUGGCAGUGUGUCUGAGAUGGUAGACAUUUCAGAUAUGUGCCUACAGCUGCUUAUGGCAAUGAUGAUAAAAUGGGAGGUUCAUGUCAUGGAUCGUGUGCCACUUUUGCUUCUAUGUGUGAGAAAUUUGAUUUCUGCUAUUGCUGAAAGAGCGGAUGUCACAUGUAAUCACGAGUAUUCUGUGUCGGAAUUGGCAAUGUUAGCUACAUGCUGCCACAAACUUGAAAAGUUGGUAAAUUCUAUGAUCCGGCAUAAGAAACAUUUUGCUCGUGUUUGUCCCUACAUAGUUGCAGAUAUAUUAAAUAUUUUUCAGAAGUUUACUAUACACCAAGCAGUGAGGAUGCAUAUGAUGAACUGUGUGUACAGUUUUCUUACUUUGUGUGACUCUCAUGCUGUUUCAUUCCUCAUGCAAAUUUUGCCCCCUGCACCGAAAGAAAUAUUCAAAACAGUGCAUGACAACUUCAAGAAACACUAUAGGUUUACAGGAAAAGUGUGAAAUAAAAUUCUGUGUAAAACAUUGUUUGUAAAGCUUGACUUUCAUAACUUAUGUAAAUAAAUAUUUCAGUAUAUA